GGUUCAUCGGGAGGGGGGUGAGCGGGCGCUGAGCCUACUCGUCCUUUGAUAGGCUGUUUGUUUCCUGAGAGGAGGGAAAAGAUGGAGCUCCGGGGGGAACUGACAGGCCGGGACGGGUUGAAGCGGCAGCUACGAGUUUGUUGCCAGCCGCAAGGAGACCUGCGGGGCCUGCUAAGUGGCCUGGUCCAGGAGGAGGAUAUAGGUGAAGAGGACGAAGACGAGGAAGAAAAUCAUGUUAAUGCCAAACCAUGUGGCGAUGGGCCACCGUUAAAACGGACAAAAACUCACUCCUGACAAAAGCUGUAAAUAGAAUUUUGUAUGAAUUGAAAUUGUAAAUCUAUGGACUUUCUCUGCUCGAAUACUUCUGUGCCAUUUUGAUAGCCAGAAAAAUGUCUUUUUUAAUAUUUACUAUUAUUAACAACAAAGUAGAUGUUUGUAUUUAUUUGUGAAUUCUCUGGCUGUACAGUGUGAUAUUAUAAUUUGAAAGCUGUAAAUACCGAUUAAAAUCCUAUGUAUGUGAGAAUGGCCAUUCAGUUUCAAUUGUUAAAUAUAUUGGCAUAUUUAAAUUUAACACAAUUUUAAAUACCCAUUUCUCAGCCUUAGGGAGUUUUUUUUCUUUGUAAUAAGCAUCUCAGCUGAUACUAGCAUAGCAAACAUUUCAAACAACAGACUGCUUUGAAGUAAUGGUUACAAAAAUUAAACUCUGUGUUUCAAUAAAGUUGUUCCCAUCCACAGUUCCAGUUACGUGCAUGCAUAGACUCGUACAUGUACAAUGAAGCUUUCUUUGUUACUUUCUCAGCCCUAUAUUUUUAAUUUAACAGCUUCAGAGGAUGUAACUUUUUUUAGUACGGUAUGAUGAGUCACAAAAUCUUCUUAUGGAUCUUGCCAUUUAUGAAAACAUUUUAUUCUGACUUUCUCACUGUACAUAGCAACUCAAGGCAGCUCACAAAUCAACCCAAACUGGUUGACAAAAUUAUUAAAACCCAGAACAGCUUCACACACUAAUAUUCUUACCAGUAAGCCUAUCUCUGCUGUGGAAGAAGCUCACUUGGCCAGGGUUCCCAGUACUUCAUUGAGCCUUUCACUCUUUUUACUCUGACCUUUCUAAUCUCCCAGCUCCUUCACCAUGACAGCUGGGAGGGAGUGACUGUUACCAACAUGGUCCUCUUGGAAAAGAAGACUAAAGUUUAUCUCUUGAUGAAGAAACUGUAGAAGCAACAGCAAUCAAAUGCCCAUCUACAAAAGACAGCUUCACCCUAUGAAAUUGGGCUUCCUCUUCAGACAGCCUGUUCCAAAGAACUGGAACAGAUCCCAAAAUGGACUCUGAAUUAGUUAACAAGAGAAUUGUCUGAAUGGUUUGUAGACAUUGGGGUACACAUAUUUCACCAUCUUGUUUCCAUACUGAUGUUCCGUUAAGCUCAGAGUAGCAAGUACAAGAUUGUCCCCUUUUAUGGCUAGAAUCCUGUAACGCCCAAAGUCACAGUCCUGUACAAAUCUGUUUGGAAGCAAGUCCCCUAUAGAUCAAUAGGUCUUACACCCAGGAAUGUGUCCUUAGGACUGCAACCUCAAUGACCUAUGUUUGUAAAUAAUGUUGAAGUUCUUGAUCACUUCUAAUCAUACUGUGCUUGUAUAAACCCUAUCGAAGUAAAACAUCAAAACUAUGUUAAUUGUGAUGCCUUGUUCUUAAUAACAUUGUAAAAUACAGGCAAUAUCAUGUUUCUUGUGCAAUAUAGAGUAGUUCUAUGU